CGCUCCGGCUUCCCCUCUUCUCCCCUUCGGCCGGGCUUGCGGCGUCUCGGGCGGCGGGGCGAAGGCGGCCGCCGACUUCGGGACCCUCGGCGGAAGGCGAGCGCACCAUGGCGCCUCGGGCGGGGCGGCUGUAGGUGCCUCGCCGCUCGGCUGUGCCCGGGCGCCCAACCUGGCUGGGAGCGCGCCGUCGAAGACCCCUCCGCUCGCGCAGCCGGCAGCUCCCCUGCACAGGACUGCCUAUUGAAAAGAUGGUUCUUUAUUUGGACUGGUUUGUUUAUUUCCCACCAAUGUUUUUAUGCCAUUGGAUAGACAUAACUUUAUCCCUAAACCUUGAGGACCCAAAUGUGUGUAGCCACUGGGAGAGUUAUUCUGUUACAGUGCAAGAAUCUUAUCCACAUCCUUUUGAUCAAAUUUACUACACCAGCUGUACUGAUAUACUGAACUGGUUUAAAUGCACACGACACAGAAUCAGUUACCGUACUGCCUACAGACAUGGAGAAAAAACUAUGUACCGACGGAGAUCUCAGUGUUGUCCUGGAUUUUAUGAAAGCAGGGAAAUGUGCAUCCCUCAUUGUGCUGAUAAAUGUGUCCAUGGCCGUUGUAUCGCUCCAAACACCUGUCAGUGUGAGCCUGGCUGGGGUGGACCCAACUGUUCCAGUGCAUGUGAUAGUUUCCACUGGGGACCCCACUGCAGUAGUCGCUGCCAGUGCAAGAAUGGAGCUCUGUGUAACCCCAUCACUGGAGCCUGCCACUGUGCUGCUGGAUUCAAGGGAUGGCGCUGUGAGGAACACUGUGACCAAGGGACAUAUGGAAAUGACUGCCAGCAAAAAUGCCAGUGCCAGAAUGGAGCCACCUGUGAUCAUGUGACUGGAGAAUGCAGAUGCCCUCCUGGAUACACUGGAGCUUUCUGUGAGGAUCUUUGCCCUCCUGGUAAGCAUGGGCCACAGUGUGAAGAAAGAUGUCCAUGCCAGAAUGGAGGAGUAUGUCACCAUGUAACUGGGGAAUGUGCCUGUCCUCCUGGGUGGAUGGGCACAGUCUGUGGUCAGCCAUGUCCAGAAGGUCGCUAUGGAAGAAACUGCACCCAAGAAUGCCAGUGUCACAAUGGAGGGACAUGUGACUCAGCAACAGGCCAAUGUCACUGUAGUCCAGGUUACACAGGGGAACGGUGCCAAGAUGAAUGUCCAGUUGGAACUUUUGGAGUACAGUGUGCAGAGACGUGCCAAUGCAUGAAUGGUGGAAAGUGCUAUCACAUUAGUGGCGCAUGUCUCUGUGAGCCAGGAUACACAGGAGAACGCUGUGAAACAAGACUAUGCAGUGAAGGUGUUUAUGGUAUCAAAUGUGAUAAAAAGUGUCCCUGUCACUUACCAAAUACUGACAGCUGUCACCCUAUGUCUGGAGAAUGCUCCUGCCAACCGGGCUGGUCUGGACUGAACUGUAAUGAGACAUGUUCCCCAGGAUUCUAUGGUGAAUCUUGUCAACAAAUUUGCACUUGCCAAAAUGGUGCUGACUGUGAUAGUGUGACUGGAAAAUGUAUCUGUGCUCCAGGUUUUAAGGGUUCUGAUUGUUCUAUUCCAUGCCCUCUUGGAACAUACGGAGUAAAAUGUUCUUCUACAUGCAGCUGCAAAAACGAGGCCAUCUGCUCCUCAGUGGAUGGCUCUUGUACUUGCAAAGCAGGUUGGCAUGGAGUGGAUUGCUCUAUAAGCUGCCCUAGUGGAACAUGGGGUCUUGGUUGUAAUCUAACUUGCCAGUGCCUUAAUGGAGGAGCUUGCAACACUCUGGAUGGAACUUGUACUUGUGCUCCAGGAUGGAGAGGAGAAAAAUGUGAACACCAUUGUCAGGACGGUACUUAUGGGUUGGACUGUGCUGAGCGUUGUGACUGCAGCCAUGCAGAUGGCUGUCACCCAACUACUGGCUACUGUCGCUGCCUCCCUGGAUGGUCAGGUAUGCAUUGUGACAGUGUAUGUACUGAGGGACGUUGGGGUCCAAACUGUUCAUUGUCCUGUUUCUGUAAAAAUGGUGCAUCAUGCUCUCCAGAUGAAGGGAUCUGUGAAUGUGCACCUGGCUACAGAGGCACUACUUGUCAAAGAAUUUGCUCCCCUGGAUUUUAUGGCCAUCGCUGUAGCCAGGCAUGCCCCCAGUGUGUGCACAGCAGUGGUCCGUGCCACCAUGUGACUGGACUGUGUGACUGCUUACCUGGUUUCACAGGAGCCCUCUGCAAUGAAGUCUGUCCCAGUGGCAGAUUUGGGAAGAACUGUGCAGGAAUUUGCACAUGCACUAACAACGGAACUUGUAAUCCAAUUGACCGGUCUUGUCAAUGUUACCCUGGCUGGAUUGGUAGUGACUGUUCUCAGCCUUGCCCUCCUUCCCAUUGGGGCCCCAAUUGUAUCCAUACCUGCAAUUGCCACAAUGGAGCUCGGUGUAGUGCCUAUGACGGGGAAUGCAAAUGUACACCAGGGUGGACUGGUCUCUACUGUACCCAGAGAUGUCCUUUGGGGUUUUAUGGAAAGGACUGUGCAUUAAUCUGCCAGUGCCAAAAUGGAGCUGACUGUGAUCACAUCUCAGGGCAGUGUACAUGUCGCACAGGAUUCAUGGGGAAGCACUGUGAACAAAAGUGCCCCCCAGGGACAUAUGGCUAUGGUUGCCGACAAAUAUGUGACUGUCUGAACAACUCAACGUGUGACUACAUCACAGGGACCUGUUACUGCAGUCCAGGAUGGAAAGGAGCAAGAUGUGACCAAGCUGGAGUAAUCAUAGUAGGAAAUUUGAACAGUUUAAGCCGCACUAGUGCUGCCAUCCCGGCUGAUUCUUACCAGAUUGGAGCUAUUGCUGGUAUCAUUAUUCUUGUCUUGGUUGUCCUCUUCCUGCUAGCACUAUUCAUCAUUUAUAGACAAAAGCAGAAGGGAAAGGAAACAAAUAUGCCCGCAGUUUCUUAUACACCUGCCAUGAGGGUCAUCAAUGCAGACUACACCGUUUCAGAAACCAUUCCUCACAAUAAUGGUGGAAAUGCUAAUAGCCACUACUUUUCUAACCCAAGCUAUCACACUCUAACACAAUGCUCAACAAAUGCCAACAACAUGGACAGGAUAACUCUGGCAAAGUCAACCAACAACCAACUGUUCUUGAAUCUUAAGAAUGUGGAUCAAGGGAAGCGAGGGCCUCUUGUGGACUACACAGGAACGCUGCCUGCUGACUGGAAACAUGGAGGCUACCUCAAUGAGCUUGGGGCAUUUGGAAUUGAUAGAACUAUAGGAAAAUCUCUGAAAGAUCUAGUGAAGAAUUCUGAAUACAACUUAAGUAACUGCUCCUUAAGCAGCUCUGAAAAUCCAUAUGCCACCAUUAAAGAUCCCCCAGCACUUACACCAAAAAAUUCAGAAUGCGGAUAUGUUGAAAUGAAAUCACCAGCACGCAGGGACUCUGCCUAUGCAGAAAUUAGUAACUCUGCUUCAGCCAACAAGAAUGUCUAUGAAAUUGAACCUACAGUUAGUAUUGUCCAAGGAGCAUUUAAGAACGGACCUUUGAGCCAAGAUCUUUAUGAUCUACCAAAAAACAGCCACAUUCCCUCCCAUUAUGACCUGCUGCCUGUUCGGGAUAGUCCUGUGUCUUCUGAAAAAGAUGACAGCAGUGAAUGACAGUGAAGAUUUUAGACCACAGUGGAACUCUUACAGAGAACGGGGACCUAGUUAUACUCCUUCCUAUCUUUUGCCAUCUGCAUUCAGUAGAUGUUUUACUGUAUAUUAACCAGGAGUGUCAAACUAUGGCUUGCAUAUACACAUGGCAAAUGGAAAGAUGCCGAGCUGGGAAGACCCCAUCAGAUGUUCCAUUGCAAUUACUUUUUUAAAGAGAGAAACAAAUGCCAAACAUGUAUAUUGCAAUGUACUGGUUAAAAAGUAUGAGCUUGCAGAACAGUUGUAGUGCCUGCAUUGCUGUGCCUCGCAGAGGAUGGCUGGUUCUUUCAGUAGCUUGACUUGCAUAGUUGACAUGCAGCCAAGACUAUACAAUCUACCAAAUACUCACUUAGCCAAGUCAUCUGACUUACUAGGUACUUCAGAAAAAAAGAAAAGAAACUAAUUUGUUAUUACUUUUUUUCUCAUGUUAUCAUAUAUUCCCAGUGGAUUAAUGUUGUCCGUGCACAAGACAUGUAAGGAUAUUCAGCAUGUUAGAGGAUAACUGACUGCAGUACAGGAGAAAAUUAUUAAAGCCAAGACAAGAGAUUUACCUCAUUGCUGGUAAUGGAGUUGUUCUGUUGACAUUGUUUAGAAUGCAAGG